GGUCACUCUAAUUGCCCAUCAACUAUGCUCACACACCAUAUCCACAUCUCUCUGUAAGAUUGAAACUACUGGUCUCAAACACACCUCUAGUAUCCUCCUUAAAUUGGGUUUGUGAGAAAAGAUAGUAGUCUUCUGCAAGAGCAAUUAUAACUCCAGAUAAACAAUGGCUCAAACCAUGUUGCUCAUGUCUAGUAGCAGUGUGGCUAAAACCAAUGUGGUCGAUUUGAAGUCAUCGGACCCUUUACUUCAGCUACAAGUUCAGAGACUUAGACCCAAGUCAUUCUCUCAGCUUGUGUUCAGGCCACUCCCUUCUUCGACCACUUCGUUGAGAUCAUCAGGCGUGGUUGCUCUCUUCAAAUCGAAAACCAAAGCCCCUGCCAGCAAGAAGGCACCAUCGCCGAAGCCCAAAGUUGAAUCUGGUAUCUUUGGAACAUCCGGAGGCAUUGGUUUUACAAAGGAGAAUGAGCUCUUCGUGGGUCGUGUUGCCAUGAUUGGUUUUGCUGCAUCCUUGUUGGGAGAAGCAAUUACAGGAAAAGGAAUUCUUUCACAAUUGAAUUUGGAGACUGGAGUUCCAAUCUAUGAAGCUGAGCCUCUUCUUCUCUUCUUCAUCCUUUUCACUCUGCUUGGAGCCAUUGGAGCUCUUGGUGACCGUGGUAGCUUUGUGGAUGAUCCUCCCACCGGAAUUGAGGGAGCGGUUAUCCCUCCAGGGAAAGGUAUCAGAGGUGCCUUGGGUCUCAAGGAAGGAGGUCCUCUGUUCGGAUUCACCAAGGCGAAUGAGCUAUUCGUAGGAAGAUUGGCUCAAUUGGGAUUUGCAUUCUCUCUAAUAGGAGAGAUCAUCACAGGGAAGGGAGCUCUAGCCCAAUUAAACAUUGAGACUGGAGUCCCCAUCAAUGAAAUCGAACCUCUUGUGUUGCUCAAUGUCGUCUUCUUCUUCCUUGCUGCAGUGAACCCCGGGACCGGUAAAUUCAUCACAGAUGAAGGUGAAGAAGAGUAGGAAACUUGUCGACCAAAAACAGAGUAGGGAACUUUAUUAUGCUCACAAGAAUCAUUUGAAAUCAUGUAUGAGAUAGAUAAUACUACUCUUGAUCUCUUCCUUUCUCUAAUAUUUAUCUCAUCAAUCUUCUAUA